UUCUUCUUCUUCUUUGAAUACAAUUCUGUGCAGAAAACCACUUAACAGCCAUGGAAAUCUUCACUACAACUAACAAAAACAUAAUUACUGUUCAACCAUUAAAGACUCUGAUUCAACCUUCAACCUUUUCACACAUAAACAUCAAAUUAACCAGCAAAAAUAUUAAUAGAAAUGUCCUUAGAAUCAGUUCUUCUUGGAAUCCUAACAUUCAAUCUUCAUCUUCAAUAACAACUAGGGCAAUAGCAGAUACUAAAACCCAAAAUUUGGAUUUUCUUAAUUCAUUGAAUGGGGGCCAACAACAUCAUUGGAUUGUGGUUAUGGACAAACCCUUACAAGCAGGAAUUCAAUCGAAAUCAGAUGUUAUUGAUUACUACGUUAAAACCCUGAGUAGGGUUUUAGGAAGUGAAAAGGAAGCUCAAAUGUGUAUUUACAAUGCUUCAUGGGAGACCCAUUUUGGUUUCUGUUGCGAUGUUGAUGAAUCGGCUUCUCGUGAACUCUCUGGUUUUCCGGAAGUGUUAUCUGUUAGGCCUGACCGGGAUUUUGAAUCUGCGGAGAAGGAUUACAGUUUAGACAAUGUUCAAUUGGGUGGUGUGUCGAAUUUAAGUGCUGGGAUAUCUCGGUUGUUUGCGGAGGGGAAUUCCAAGUAUUGGUUAGUUAGAAUGGAGAAACCUACAGUUGAAGUUGUUACAAAGGCACAAAUGGUGGAUUACUAUGCUCAAAUACUAUCAAAGGUUUUGGGCAAUGAGAUGGAUGCACAAAUGUGUAUAUAUCAUAUUUCGUGGAAAAACAACUUCGGGUUCUGUUGUGAACUUGAUGAUGAAUGUGCGCGUGAACUUGUAGGAGUGCCUGGAGUUAAGUCCGUUGAUGCGGAUGAAAAUUUUGGGUCAGAAAACAAAGACUAUGGAGGUGAUGAUAAACCUGCUGAGUCUACUGAGGCACCUCCGAUUAAAACAAAACGCCUCUUUGUAACAGGCCUCUCCUUUUAUACAUCCGAGAAAACUCUGCGUACAGCUUUUGAAAGCUUUGGUGAACUUGUGGAAGCUAAAAUUAUAAUGGACAAAAUUUCUAAAAGAUCCAAGGGUUAUGCAUUUAUUGAGUACACUACAGAGGAAGCUGCGGGUGCGGCUCUCAAGGAAAUGAAUGGCAAGAUCAUUAAUGGUUGGAUGAUUGUUGUUGAUGUUGCGAAAACAAACCCACCUAAAUUUAACAGAGGGAAACCAAGACCAACUUUUUAGCACUGACAAUGGCAGGAUACAUGAAUUGAAGCACUAUGAAGUACAGAAGGAUGUAAAGAUCGCCUUGUCAAGUGUUUCUAUUGAGCAGCCUUGAUCAUCGAUAGACACAGAUGAUGCUUUCGUAUCCAUAUAUGCUCUUCACAGUUUUGUCAUAGGCCAUUGGUUGCUGCCCAAAAGUUGCUACAGGGUCCAAUAUUCAAGAACAGAGCUAUUUUGAGGAGCUCCAGUUGGUUGUUGGUGGUGUUUUCUUUCUUUCAGUCAGGCAUCUAUCUGGCUGUAUUCUUAGAGUGGCUUUAGCCUAAUGUUCCAACAGGUGGUGGCAAUAGUUGUAAACCUUAAUUGUUCUUCUUAUGUAUCAAACAGUUGUUUACUGACGGUGUUCUUUGAAUGAAAUAUAUUUAGAGCUGAUUCUCUCUAA